GGGGUGUUGGGUAGGUGUUGUUGCCGUCGUGCUGUGGGCGGCUGCGUGCAGUGUUGCGGGGCUCAGCCCGUGGCGACAGCGGCAGCUCCGAGUGUCCGCGGCGGCAGCGGCGGCGCCGASUGUCCCCAGCCAUGCUGUGCUAUGUGACCAGGCCGGACGCGGUGGUGAUGGAGGUGGAGGUAGAGGCGAAAGCCAACGGCGAGGACUGCCUCAACCAGGUUUGCAGAAGGUUGGGSAUUAUAGAAGUUGAUUAUUUUGGACUGCAGUUCACUGGCAGCAAAGGGGAGAAUCUAUGGCUGAAUUUGAGGAACAGGAUCUCCCAGCAGAUGGAUGGUUUAGCCCCUUAUCGAUUGAAAUUGAGAGUCAAGUUUUUUGUUGAGCCACAUCUUAUCUUACAGGAACAGACAAGGCAUAUGUUUUUCUUGCAUAUAAAAGAAGAUCUUCUUGCUGGUAAUCUACAGUGUUCUUCAGAGCAUGCAAUUGAACUCAGUGCAUUGUUGGCACAGAUGAACUUUGGAGAUUAUAAUCAGAACACUGCCAAGUACAAUUAUGAAGAGCUGUGUACAAAAGAGCUCACCACUACCAUUCUGGAGAGCAUUAUUGCGAAGCACAAGGAGCUAGAAGGUCUAAGUCAAGCAUCUGCUGAAUACCAGAUUCUACAGAUUGUUACAACACUGGAGAACUAUGGGGUAGAGUGGCACGCAGUGAGAGAUAGUGAAGGGCAAAAACUCCUUAUUGGUGUUGGACCUGAAGGCAUAUCCAUCUGUAAAGAUGACUUCAGUCCAGUCAACAGGAUUGCUUAUCCUGUUGUUCAAAUGGCAACUCAGUCUGGGAAGAAUGUAUAUCUGACUGUUACCAAGGAGUCUGGUAAUAGUGUGGUUCGCUUGUUUAAGAUGAUCAGUACGAGGGCAGCAAGUGGACUUUACAGAGCAAUUACUGAGACACAUGCAUUUUACAGGUGUGACACUGUCACCAGUGCUGUCAUGAUGCAGUAUAGUCGAGACUUAAAGGGUCACCUAGCAUCUCUAUUUCUGAAUGAAAACAUCAAUCUUGGUAAAAAAUACGUCUUUGACAUUAAAAGAACAUCAAAAGAAGUUUAUGAUCAUGCAAGGCGAGCUCUUUAUAAUGCUGGCAUUGUGGAUCUUGUUUCAAGAAGUGAUCAAACCCCACCAAGUUCACCCCUUAAGUCUUCGGAAAGCAGCAUGAACUGUGACAACUGUGAGGGUCUCAGCUGCCARCAAACAAAAGCCCUGCAAGAGAAGUUGCAGAAGCUAAAGGAGUCCAUGCUUUGUAUGGUGUGUUGUGAAGAAGAGAUAAAUUCAACCUUUUGUCCCUGUGGCCACACAGUUUGCUGCAAGUCCUGUGCUUCCCAGUUACAGUCGUGUCCUGUCUGCAGAUCUCGUGUAGAGCACGUCCAACAUGUGUACUUGCCAACCCACACCAGUCUUCUCAAUCUGACUGUGAUAUGAUCUACAUGCACACUUUUAACCCAUCAUGUACUCUUUAAACUGCACUAAUAAGAAAUGCAACCAUUGAUUGUGAAGAAGGCAAUCACUCUUGGCACCUAUCCAUGAUCAAAAGCAAAAAAUAAUGGAUUUUUCUAACAAAUAUUUUUUGUUCAGCAUUUCCAACAUAGUUUGGGGUAUCAUCUGAGAGUACAAAUGUAACUGAUUCUGUUAAUUAAAGGAUGAUCUGUAAGUUUGUAGCAAGGCAGUAUUGCCACAAAGCUCGGUGACCCUGGAGAAGUGUCGGGUACACAUGCAGAUGUACCCAGCRAAAGCAAUGCAGCCUCUUUUAUGUGCUCUAAAUCCUUUUUAGUACGGUUGCACCAUUUAUUUUAGUAGUAAGACUAGAUUUUACACAUACCAGUUUAGUAAGGCUCAUAGCUGCUGCUUUUAGUAAACUGCUUUAAAGAGAUCUCUUUUCUAAAAAUUAGUUCUUAAACUGAAGUUACAAGGCUUCACCAAGCAGCUGUGCUUAACUCAGAAUUCUAUCAAAUAGAAAACGAUUCUGAGACAAUAGCUUUGGAAAAGGAGGACAAGAUUGUUAAUCUUCAAGUGUUGAGGGUGGGUCCAGAAAGUCUUGUGGUUGACAGUGUCCUGUGGAAGCACUGCUAUGUGAGUUCAUUCACAGCUCUCUCUGAGUAGUGCAGUCCCAACCUUCCCACAGUCAGUUUUUGACUGGUGGUCUUGGGAGCUGCAGUCAGCUGCCCUUCAAGUUGGCUUUAUUUUUGGAGAUUUUAAACCAUUAAACAUGAACAAUUAAUCUUUAAGGGUUGUGUAUAGUUUUAAAUGCUUUCUUCAGUUAGCAUCUUUAGCAGGAAAUGGCCUAUCCAAUAAAAUGUUUUUAAUUUCCACCCCCCUACUUGGGCAUUUUGGGCUCUGGUUUCCUAWUGUCUUGUCCAGGGUACAGAAGGAACUGGAGACCAUGUUUGGGUGCAAUACUGGCUUAAUCAAAGCUAGAAAAGUACACUGUCACUUUACUGAAAUUUUCUGACUAUACUUUUCAUAUUGCCUUAAUGUAGUAGUAAUGUGUGUUUAUGCAUCUGUUUCUUUGCACAGACAUUUUGUCAAAAUAUUAAAACUCUACUUUUUUAUGACACAUUAGCAUAUAAACCUUACUCUAAGAGGGUAUUUAUUUUUUCACUUUGUAAAGAGAAUUUUUUUUCCUCAUGAAGCAAGAGCUUUGUCCUAUAUUGUAGGCAGCUUCUGUCUUUUUUAUAUUCAGAUUAAUAAAGGACUUUAAAAAUC